UUAAACAGGUAAUUUUUCUCCUUCACUGAUGUGCGUUGAUGAGGCAGCACUGAUGGGCAGCACUGAUAGGCGGCACUGAUAGGCGACACUGAUAAUGAGUACUGAUAGACAGCACUGAUAGGUGGCACUGACUGACAUCACUGCUGGGCACAAACUGGCGGCACUGCUGGGCACUGACUGGCACAACCGCUGGGCACUGACUGGCAGCACUGCUGGGCUGCACUGAUGGGCGCUGGUGGGCACAGGUGGGGCACUGGUGGGCACAGGUGGGUGGCACUACUGGGCACAGGUAGAUGGCACUUCUGGGCACAGGUGGUGACACUGCUGGGUGGCACAGGUGGGCGCACUGCUGGGCACAGGUGGGUGCAUUGCUGGGCACAGGUGGGCGGAACUUGUGUGUGGCACUGCUGGGCACCGAUCAUCAGGGCACUGAUGAUCAGUGACCCUGAUGAUCGGUGCUGAUCCCCGCUGUGACAAAUGCCGGUUUUCGGCAGUACUUUCCUCACGAUCUGACAGCGUGAGGAAAGUGCAGCCGAGAACCGGCAUUUGCAU